ACACACAAAAUAGAAACUACCGUACACUGCAACCGACCGGAUCGUCGUGCACCUACCGUCGUGUAGCCGUUUUUCGCAUCAGAAAACCUUCUGCCACUGUCGUUGACCGUCGUCGUCAUCAGUCGUCGCUGUCGUGGAGGAAAAUUUGCCCGCCACCAACACCCCCUUACCGACCACCGCAUUCUAUUGUGCAAAAGAUUUCCCCGUGAAAACUGUGAACUCGCUGUGGGUGUGUGCUGUGAGUGGUUAAGCUUAACCCCGUGAAGAAGAAGCACUUUCCCUCCGGAUUCCGAUUUUCUCGACCGAAUUUGUUCAAUUUUCCAACCAUGGCUUCGUACGGUUGUUGCGGUUGCGGUGUCUCGUGUUAAUAAAGGGGGUGGCAAAACAGAUUUCCUUGCGGCAUGGCACCACCAACAACGAUGCAGGCGCGUGGCGUUCGCUCAAGGCAGCAGUUUUACGGUACUAUGAAGCCUUCCGCUAGCGCACCGGACACCAGCCCGACGACGACAACGACAACGACGACAGCAGCAGCACCAAUAUCCAUCGGCUUCCGACGAGCGGCCGCAUCAGUAGUGGCAACAGAGCGAGCAGUGGCGGCCGCAGCCGUACUAGCAGCGCACGGCACGCGACAUCCGGUCACGCUGGAACAGUCCCCCCGUCCACGGCGGUGGCAUCUUCUACCUCAGCGAUCACCACCAACUCCAGCGCGCAGCACCGAGCGGCACCGAGUGCGUUACUUUCCAUUUCGUUCCGUGCCCGCCGCACUCUAGCCGUAGGGAUUCGGUCCUGUUUUUACUGGUUUGCUUGUUUUGACGUGAUUCAAUCUAAUCUCCCGCAUCUAAUGCAACUGACUGAUGGUGUGCGUCUGAGUGUGUGCGUGCCAAAGGGAUAACGCGAGUGUAAAUACCCGAUAAGUGAGUGCGUUGUUAGUAUGCAAGCAGCAAAAAAGUGACACUUCCUCCACCCGUUACACACAUACUUACGAAACCCAAUUGGCCCAAGGUGUCAGCAAACCACUCGCAGGACGGCGGCAGCUUCUAGCAUCCUUAGCACAGGCGCACAGGUGUGUAGCCACGGGUUACGGGUUAUCCAAGUGUGCGAGCAUCACACCACACGCGCAUCGAUAGAACAGUGCACAGUGCCUAGUCAUCAAAACACCUUCGCGAGCGCGAGCGAGAGAGAGAGAAAAUUGGGCUUUCAUCCGCACCUUGGUGAUCCUCGUCGCCUUGGGCUGUGUGGUUUGUGGUGUGUUUACAAACGAAAGAGUGGCCACGAUGGAGGUACAGAACGCGCCAACGACUGGCGGUGGUGGUAGUACGCCCACUGUGUGGGUGUUCGGAUAUGGGUCCCUGUGCUGGUAUCCGGGUUUCGAGUACACGGACUGCAUUACCGGCUACAUCCGCGGGUACGUGCGCCGGUUCUGGCAGGGCAAUGUGACGCACCGUGGGACCAAGGAGAAGCCGGGUCGCGUGGCCACUUUAAUCGAGGACAAAGAGGGUAUCACAUGGGGCUGUGCAUUUAGGGUGACCGGAAGCCACGCGCUGGACUAUCUGCAGCAGCGCGAAUGCACCCUCGGCGGAUACGUGACCGAGUACAUCAAGUUCUACCCCCGGAUCGCAACCGAACAGUCCGGCAUCAGUGGGGAAGCAUUUCCGGCCCUCGUCUACAUCGCGACGCCCAAGAACGAGCACUGGAUCGGCGAGGAACCGUUGCUGGUGACGGCCCGCCAAAUCGUCGAGUGCCGCGGCCCGAGCGGCCACAACGUCGAGUACCUGGUGCGGCUGGCCAUGUUCAUGCGGGACGAGCUGCCGGGCGCGUGCGACGAGCAUUUGUUCGAGCUCGAGGGGCUCGUGCGCCGGUUCGUGGCGGAAGCGAACGUGCAGCUGGAGCUGCUGCUGGUCGGAAACGUUACACCUCACCGGAUCCGGCGCGAUACGCAUGAGGAGGUGCGGCGCCACGUCACGUUCGAGUACACGUCGCGCGUUCCCGAUACCAAGCUGCGCUGUUUGCACAUCUAAACCUCCUCCUCCCCCGCCCCGCGGUCCUGUCCGAUACUCAUUGAACGCCAUUUAAUUAGUACUUUGCUUUAAAGUUCUUUUCUACGAAACGCACAAAGAGAAGCAACACUCACGCGCGCGUGAAUCCGAUUGGUGGGUGUGCGUGUGUAUGAGCGCGUGUUUCCUUUUUUACAAUACAAAACAAACAAAAAUCCCUAGCCUUAAGACUGCUACCACUGAACGCUACUACUACUACUACUACAGUUGACUAUAAAGUGUUUUAUGUUAUAAUGAAA